GCAAAACUGGGAACCGUGUUGGGUGUGUUUUUCCCGUGCAUCCAGAACAUUUUUGGAGUCAUCUUGUUCAUCAGACUGGUGUGGGUGGUCGGUACUGCUGGGUGGGUCGAAGCUUUCAUACUGGCGUUCACUUGCUGCUGCUGCACGAUGACGACAUCGAUAUCGAUGAGUGCCAUAGCGACGAACGGAGUUGUUCCGGGCGGAGGUUCCUACUUCAUGAUAUCGAGAUCUCUCGGACCGGAAUUCGGCGGUGCUGUCGGUAUUUUGUUCUACCUCGGGACGACGGUGGCAUCUUCCAUGUACAUCGUCGGAGCAGUCGAGAUCAUGCUGCAAUACAUGGCUCCAUCGGAGGCUGCCAUCUUCGGUCCGAUCAACAUUCCCGAGAACGCAUACAACGCUUACCGGGUGUACGGUACCGGACUGCUGCUCAUCAUGUUCAUCAUGGUUUUCAUCGGCGUCAAGUUCGUCAGCAAGUUCUCCCCGGUCGCUCUCUUCUGCGUCCUCUUCUCCAUCGUCUGCGUCUACAUCGGGAUCUUCACGGCCAACCCCAGCCGGGGACCCAAAAUCUGUUUCUUGGGACAACGUUUGCUAGCAUUGAAGAAGAUCCAGGACGAGAAUGGAACAAUGCAGUGCAACAAAUUCUCUAAUGGGAGCAUCUUCAAAAUGUACUGUCCCAACACCACCUACGAUGAAAUUGACUCCAGCACCGAUCCGGACUGUAUCUACUUCCGGGAGAACGAAGUGAUUGAGAAACCGGGAAUUCCUGGUUUGGGAAGUGGAAAGUUUAUGGAGAACGCCAUGAGCAGAUACAACAAGGAUGGAGACAGAAUCGGAACUCAAGAAAAAGGCAACCGCGACAAGGGUGACAUCCUGUCUGAUAUUUCAACUUCCUUCAUCGUCCUCAUUGGCAUCUUCUUCCCUUCCGUCACAGGUCUGAUGGCGGGCUCGAACAGGUCAGGUGACUUGGCUGAUGCACAGAAAUCCAUUCCGACUGGCACAAUAGGAGCUGUGGCCAUCACUUCAUUCGUCUAUUUGAGCUGCUUGCUGCUGUUUGGUGCUUGCGUGGAGGGCCAGUUACUGCGGGAUAAGAUUGGUGAGAGCAUGGGCGGUGGCUUGAUAGUGUCCCACCUGGCCUGGCCCAAUCCAUGGGUAAUCGUCAUCGGGUCGUUCUUCUCAACGUGCGGUGCUGGCCUGCAAAGUCUUGUUGGCGCUCCAAGGUUACUGCAGGCAAUCGCCGCGGAUGGCGUGAUUCCAUUUCUGAACCCUUUUGCGGUGACCAAUAAGAAGGGCGAGCCGAAGAGGGCCCUUUACUUGACGGCCACGAUCGCUGAGUGUGGAGUUCUGCUGGCAAACGUUGACUACAUCGCCCCCAUCAUCACUAUGUUCUUCCUGAUGUGCUACUGUUUCACGAACAUGGCCUGCGCCGUGCAGACCAUCCUGAAAAGUCCCAACUGGAGGCCGAGAUUCAAAUUGUACCACUGGUGCUUGUCCUUAUUUGGCGUGACCCUCUGCUUGAUUUUGAUGUUCAUGUCGAGCUGGUACUACGCAAUCGCGGCUCUGAUGCUGGCGGCAGGCAUAUACAAGUACAUCGAAUACAAAGGGGCUGAGAAAGAAUGGGGCGAUGGAAUUCGGGGCCUGGCAAUGUCAGCAGCGAGGUUCGCACUUUUGCGUUUGGAGGAGGGACCUCCGCAUGUCAAGAACUGGAGACCUCAACUGCUCAUUCUCAUCAAGGGUGGAGAAAACCUGGACCAGAAGUACAGAAAACUGCUAACGUUCUCCAGCCAGCUGAAAGCUGGUCGGGGGCUGACCCUGGUGGGGACGGUCCUUGAGGGGGAGCACAAACACCGCAUGCACGAAGCCGAGGUGGCCAAGCACACCAUCAACGAAGUCAUGAAGAGAGAGAAAGUCAAGGGCUUGGCGGAAGUUGUGGUGGCUCGAAACCUUGGAGAUGGAAUCAGCUUCCUUAUCCAGGACUCAGGUGUGGGUGGACUUCGUCACAACACGGUCCUCUUGAACUGGCCCGUGAAGUGGAGGCAGGAGUCCAAGGGUUACAAAACUUUCAUCGACACGAUGAAGCUGACGGCUGACCGCCACUUGGCAGUCCUCAUUGUGAAGGGCAUCAAUCAGUUCCCGGAGAAUGGAGACCGACUGGGAGGCACGAUCGAUAUUUGGUGGGUUGUACACGAGGGAGGCUUGCUGAUGUUACUGCCCUUCUUGUUGACGCAAGGAAAAGUUUGGAAGAAGUGCAAGAUGAGGAUAUUCACUGUAGCCCAAAUGGAAGACAACAACAUUCAAAUUCAGAAGGACAUGGAGAAGUUCCUGUACAACCUGAGGAUCCCUGCCCAGGUCAAGGUCGUUGAAAUGCCCACCAACGACAUAUCAGCCUACACCUACGAACGAACCUUGAUGGCAGAGCAGAGGAACGCAUUGCUGGAGAAGAUGAACAUCAAGAGGAAAGAUGACUCCCCUGAACACCACCCCAGUCUUGACCAGCAGCCACCACUGAAUGGACAGCAAGCUCAGUCGGAUCAGCAGCAGCAUCACAACUUCGCCGACGAUAACAAAAGCGUUGAUUCGUUAGCUGGAGAAAGCAACAACAAAAAUAUGACGUCAUUGGAUGGAGGCAACCAAAACGUGUUGAGGAUGCAGACGGCGAUCCGGUUGAACCAGGUGAUCAAGGAGCACAGUUCAGAGGCCAAGCUGGUCAUCGUUAACCUGCCUGGACCUCCGAAGGAUUCCUCGGGAGAAAAGAGCUACAUGGACUUCCUGGAGGUGUUGAUCGAGGGAUUGGAUCGAGUGCUGAUGGUGAGGGGAGGGGGCAAGGAGGUCAUCACCAUCUUCUCGUAA